CAGGAAGGUCACACCAUCCCCCACCAUCAUCAGGAUAAGGAAUUCAUAAAUAUAAAAGCCGAGGUGAAGAAGGAAGAAGAAGAAGAGACGUAUGUGAGGGGGGAUCAGCAGAGCACGAAGGAGGACGAGGUUAUGGAUGCCAUUAAAGAGAAGGAAUCUUCUCUGUAUAUCCACUCAGAUGGACAGUAUGUUCCAAAGGCCAAUCCAUUGGAGAAACAUCCUAUUGGAUCUCCAGGUUGCACUGCAGAAGAUGGUGACAUUGCACAACAUCCUCCAAAAGUAACACUUUACUGGUUUGUAAAACCAAGGGAUCCUUCUAAUCCCGAGGAAUCUUUCGAUAAAUCCCAAACUGUGACCUCAUAUGGCUAUCUAAGAUCAACGGAUCCUUCUGAUAAAUCCCAUACUAUGACCUCAGAUGUCCAUCUACCUCAUAUUAUGACCUCAGAUGUCCAUCUAAGAUCAACGGGUCCUUCUAAUCCUGAGGAACCUUCUGAGAAAUCCCAUACUAUGACAUCAGAUGUCCAUCUAAGAUCAAUAGGUCCUUCUAAUCCCGAGGAACCUUCUGAUCAAUCCCAUACUAUGACCUCAAAUGUCCAUCUAAGUUCUCACAGUACUGACAGACCAACAGAUCCAUCCAAUCUCCAGAAAUCUUCUUCAAGUCAUGAGGGAGCUCACACAGGAGGGAGCUCAUUGUCAUGUUUGGUGUGUGGGAAACUGUUCACUAAGCAAAGAGCACUUCAAGCACACCAGAAAGCUCACAAGGCUAGGCCUCCACACUUAUGUUUAGACUGUGGAAAACAGUUCACUACCAAAAGAGAACUUCAAGCACACCAGAAAACGCACAAGGCUAGGCCUCCACACUUAUGUUUAGACUGUGGAAAACUGUUCACUAACAAAAGAGCACUUCAAGCACACCAGAAAGCUCACAAGGCUAGGCCUCCAUACUUAUGUUUAGACUGUGGAAAAUUGUUUGCUAAGAAGCAAAGACUUGAUGUACACCGGAGAAUCCACACAGGCGAGCGUCCCUUUUCCUGCUCAGAGUGCGGGAGAAGCUUUUCUGAGAAACAAAACCUUAUCGUACACCAGAGAAUUCACACAGGCGAGCGUCCCUAUUGCUGUUCAGAGUGCGGAAAUACUUUUUCUGAGAAAGGAAGCCUUCACAAACACCAAAGACGUCACACCGGCGAGCGACCCUACAAGUGUUCCGAUUGCGGGAAAUGUUUUGCCGUUAAAAAAUGCCUGCUUACACACCAGAGAAUUCAUACGGGUGAGCGCCCCUAUUCUUGUUUGGAGUGCGGAAAAAGUUUUUCUGACUAUGGAAACCUUCGUAAACACCAGAGAGUUCAUACCGGUGAGCGUCCCUUUUCUUGCUUGCAGUGCGGAAAAUGUUUUGCUGAACAAGGGAGCCUUCGUAAACACGAAAAACGAUCACACUCCUGAGUGUCAAUAUUUAUGUUCAGAGUGUGGGAAAAAAUUUUUUUUUUCGAAGAAAGAACCCCUUCUUAUACAACAGAGAACUCACUCAGGUGACGUCAUUAUUUAUGUUCCAUAAGAAACUUGUACGGACACGGGACUUGAUUUUUCCAUCACAAUGAUGGCGGUGAAUAUUGAGGACUACAAAGAAAAGAAGAUGGUGGCGGACUAAUGUGGGUACUACGCAUGCCCGGUAGGGGCUCUUUUCUAUCAGCAGUGAGCAUGCUUGUCAGGUAUUUAAUUGCGACUUUAGUGAAAAUAAAUCCAUGAAAAACUCCAAUGAAAUGAGACCAGUCUCUUGGCUAAAAUACCAACCAUUCUACUUUGUAAUAAAGCUUUGUGAUUGAGUCUAA